CAGCAGAAAAGGAAGAUGGCAAGACUAUUUCUCUUCCUCCCAGGACUUGCAGCCAUAUGUGUGGUGCAUGGAGUAUUUAUGGACAGACUUGCUUCCAAGAAGCUCUGUGCAGAUGACGAGUGUGUGUAUACUAUUUCUCUGGCCAGAGCACAAGAAGAUUAUAAUGCCCCUGACUGUAGAUUUAUUAACAUUACAAAAGGGCAGCAGGUCUACAUUUACUCAAAGCUGGUAAAAGAAAAUGAAGCUGGAGAAUUUUGGGCUGGCAGCGUUUACGGCGAUCCCCACAAGGAUGAGAUGGGAACCGUGGGUUAUUUCCCCAGGAAUUUGGUUGAGGAACAACACGUGUAUCUGGCCGCCACCAAGGAAGUCCCCACCACGGAUAUUGACUUCUUCUGCGAGUAGGACAUUAGGCAAAUCUGCGCUUAGAAAGAAAACACCAAAAACAAAGAAAAAAUUGAAAAUAACUAAAACUGCAUUUUUCUAAUUUCAAACUUAUGUUCAAAAGGAGGCCUGAUGCUGGAGGUAGCAGAUGGAGGAGGUUCAACUUGGUCACAUUCUCUGCUGACCUGGGUUUCUACCACCCAUCUGGGGCAGGACAAAGGUUGGCUCAAGUGGGUAAAUUGAAAGCAGAGAAUCUUCUUUUGCAUGGGGAUUAUUUGCAAGAUGGUUUGUUUGUAGUUGUUUUAAACAGUAGUUCUUUCCAGCUCUUUGGCUCUCUCUAUGUAACCUCCAUAGAUCACAGGACUUAUCUUUGGGCAUGCUUUUUUUACUUCUUUGUCUCCCCAAACAAUGGAAUUGUUAUUUCAUUAAGGAUUCUAAGCCCCCUCCAUCCCAUGCCCUAAGGGUUAAGUCUCAGUGCUAUCAUC